AUGAAAGCAAUAGUAACAGUUCUAUCCCGAUCUAGAGCUAGAGUUGACAUACAAAAUCAUGAAAGUCUGGGACCUAAUGGGGGAUUUAGUUACUAUGUCUUUAAGAAACUCCAUGAAAGCAGACAAUUUUCUCAACUUUUAAGGCUAGGGGAAGAAUUUCCUGAAGAGCUAUCUCUUUUCCUUAGGGAGUAUCAAGAUCUUCUUUGGCUUCAUGAUUUGUUCCUUCAUCAGUUUUCCUCUGCUUCAGAAUCGCUUCAUACAUUGGCCCUCAUGCAAAACAUGCAAUCUAAUUCAGUUGCUGAAGAGGAAGGAGAACAGGAGUAUAUGAAGAAGAAACUAAAAUUGUCUGACAGAAAAAAUCUUUUAUAUCUAUCUAAGAUUGCUGCCUUCGCAGUUCUUCGGUGUGUUAUUGUUGUCAUUCCAGUUCCUCUUUUAGCUUUACCUAAUGUGAAGUCUGUUUGGCCCUUGCAGAUGUGUGGCCUCGCUCUAAUGAGUAGUAUGAUGAUAUCUGAUCACAUCCAUUUCGUUUUUGUUCUCAUGCAAUCGGGCCCUGUACUAUUUACUGGUAAAGACCCUGGUACGCAAGUCAAGGUGGACCGCAUUGAGGCUGAUUUGAAGAUUCUAAAAUUACAGGAGGAAGUAAUGAAACGUUCUCUUUCCAUUGAAGAUACGCAGCUUGUUGAAGGUGAGCUGCUUCAUCCAGAAGACUUGAUUAAAUUGUGCCUGGAAAGUGAAGAUCAAGAGCUCUCGCUGUGGGCAUUUGACGUUUUUGCAUGGACCAGUUCCUCAUUUAGGAAGAUCCACAGAAAACUUAUGGAGGAUUGUUGGAAGAAAGCUGCUAGUCAGGAUGAUUGGAGCAAAUUCCACGAUUCAUACCGAGCUGAAGGAUGGAGUGACCAGGAAAUCCUGCAAAACUUAAAAAAUACCAUACUUUUUCAGUCUUCAAGUAGGUGUUAUGGACCUGGAAGUGAAACAUUUGAAGAAGGGUUUGACCAAGUAUUGCCCUUGAGGCAAGAAAACAUGGAGACUUCUAUUUUGGGGGACAUGGGUAGUUCAGUUGAAACAAUAUUGAUGCAGCACAAGGAUUUUCCAGUUGCUGGCAAACUUAUGCUAAUGGCAAUAAUGCUUGGUAGCGAGCAUGGUGACAUGAGAAUAGAAGAAAUGCCUUCCCCAAUGGAAUAG